AAUGAUCCAAGUUUGUAUGAUUGAUCUAAGAGACCAAAGGAUAAGGCAAGCCGCACGACCACUUGGCUCCUACGUGGUAGUUUUAAACUAACGGUUUUCAACAGGUGAGUGAGUUACACUUGAUGUAAGAGCGCGUAGCGUUAAGAAAGACGGAGCAGUGAGGUGUGAGUGAGAGACCAAUCAAAGCAAAAGACAAAGAGUACACUUGUCUUAGCCUCCUCCGUAGCCCACAAUCUCUUCAUUUUGAUUUCUCUCAUUUGGAUAAAUUUCAUCUCUUUUUGUUCAUAUUUGAAGAUGAGUUUUCUCUGAUUUGAUUUCGUGAAAAGUUUCAAACUUUGCGCUUCUGAUGUCACAUUUGCUGGAUUAUAUAGGAGGGGGAAACUCCUCGAAAAGUGUCGAGCUUUCUUAUGCCAGGAGUUACAAGACUUUAUCAUCCUUGUCUCCUCAGUUUCGGUUUAGUCAGAGAUGGAACAAUGGAUAACUCCCAAGGCUGUGUUCUGAAGCUGAUGAAGGCUGAGUGAGGGCUUGACGAUCGAUCUAUCAUGUAAAAAAAAGCUAGACACUUGCAGGGGAAUACAAUAACCGAAGCUCUGCGUAUGCAGAUAGAAGUUCAAAAGCAGUUGCCUGAACAACUCCAGGCUUUAAAUAUCCUGAGAGGUAGCAGGUUUCUUCAAAUAUGUGAGUAUAUGGUCUAGUUUUUUUUUUAUGUGUAAUCUGGUACAAGGAAUGUUGGUGGCCACUGAGAGGAGAUUUUGUAUGUAAAUAUGUAAUGUAGAUCUUUUUCUGACGCGUGUAAGUAAACUCAUUUAAAGUCAUUAGUGGAAUUUUUCAUUAAUUACCAUAACUUAAGGAGAUAAAAUAUAAGAGGCAUAUCCGCCUUCCCUCUCUCUGUCUCAGAAACAAGGGUUUUCGUUUCUCUUCCGGUUCUUGUUGCCUCCUGUUUAUCCGAGACUCGACCCUUAGACUCAGUCAGGUGAAUCUUUUAAGGACCGAUACUUUUCAUCAUGGACAUUCAUGACCACGGAGUUUGGGUGGACGAAAACGAAAAGCGUGUUCAAUGCAAAUACUGCGAAAAAGAAAUGAGUGGCUUCAACCGUCUCAAACUCCACUUGGGUGGUACAAGUCGACGUAUGACUCCCUGUACCCAAGUUACAUCUACCGUUAGAGAGGCGUUUCGUGAUGAUGUGGUUACCAAGGAAGAGCCUGGUCUCACUCCUGCUGCUCCUAAGACUAAGAGAGUUGGGGAAGUCCAAAUGGGUAAUAAUGAUCAUCAUAAGCGUGGAAGAAGAGAAGAGGAUCCAUAUGUGGAGGAGGAGGAGCCUAGUAAAGAGUUCUUGUUGUCAAACAAAGUCCAAAAGUGCAUUGGUCGGUUCUUUUAUGAACACUGUUUCGAUGAUUUUUCGACUGUGGAUUCUCUACGCUUCAGAGAAAUGAUUGAUGCAACGUCUCUUGUAGGUGGUGGUGAUGGUGAGAUGCAGCUUAAGAUCCCUGAUUCUCAUGAUUUAAACGGACGUAUGCUUCAAGAAACAUUGAAGGAAGUGAAAGAUCAUGUCAAGAAGAUCAAAGAUUCGUGGGCCGACACAGGUUGCAGCAUCUUGUUGGAUGCUUGGGUUGACCAGAAAGGCCAUGAUCUGGUUACUUUCGUCGCAGACUGUCCAGCAGGUCCGGUUUACCUGAACUCAUUCCAUGUUUCCGAUAUGAAGAAAGACGUCACUGCCUUAACGUCGCUGGUAGAUAGGCUUGUCGAGGAUGUUGGAGUGCAUAACGUGGUUCAAAUCAUCGCGUGUUCAACCUCUGGCUGGGUCGGUGAGCUAGGCAAGUCUUUCAAGAGUAACAACCUGAACGUUUUCUGGUCAGUCAGUGUGUCCCACUGCUUAGAGCUUAUGCUGGUGGAGAUUGGGAAAAUGGAUUGGUUUGGAGACGUACUUGACAAGGUCAAUAGCAUCACAGAGUUCAUCAACAACAACCCUUUGGUUUGGGAACGUUUCAGUCAUGGAACAGUCUCCUCCUCUGAGUUUGAGUUUGAGUUUGUUAGGCCUUAUCUCACUGCAGAGAAGAUUCUCAAGGCGAAGAAGAACUUGGCAGCCAUGGUUGCUUUUGCUUCCCCGGAGUUGAACAAAGAAGAGGGCAUAACAGUGUGCAAACUGGUGAAGGAUUCGUCCUUUUGGGAAUGUGUUGAGAGACUUGUGAAAUCCACAUCUCCUCUGAUUCGAAGUCUACAUUUGUUUCUUACUGCCAGCAGUCAGCAUGUUGGUUAUGUCUAUGACACUAUGGAUGGGAUUAAGGAGAGUAUAGCCGAGGAACUCAACAACGAGGAACUAUGUUACAAGCCGUUAUGGGAUGUGGUUGAUGAUGUCUGGAACAACCACCUUCACAGUCCUCUUCAUGUUGCCGGUUACUUUUUGAACCCGGCGGCUUUCUACUCAACUGACUUUCAGAAUGACACAGAAGUUACAACUGAUUUUGUCUCAGCUGUGGGUUGUUUAGUGCAAGAAUGCCGCGUUGUAGCUAAAAUUGGCGGACAGCUUAAGAUGUACAGGCUCGGUAAAGGCUGCUUUAAUGAGGCCAGUCAAGCUGAUCAGAUCACUGGAAUCGCUCCAGUUGAGUGGUGGACUCAGAAGGCGAGCGAGCACCCGGAACUGCAGAGCUUCGCCAUUAAGGUUCUGAGCCAGACGUGUGAAGGUGCGUCGAGGUACAACCUGAAGAGGAACGUAGCGGAGAAGCUGCUGCUUACCAAAGGAGUGAGCCCUUGUGAGAAACAGCACUUGGAAGAGUUGGCGUUUGUUCAUUACAAUCUUCAUCUACAAAGCUGCAAAGCUAAACUAAUGUAAAACUCAUAUUGUGCAUAUUUUAGUUAUUUAGGUUGAAUGUUCAUCAAACCUCAUCUUUUGAAUCAAAUGCUAAUGUAAAACUCAUAUUUUGAAUCCAUGCCUGAUGAAUCAACCGGAUAUAUCAUAUGUGCUUUUUGAA